CUGAAGUUCAGGCGUGUGCUCUUCCGAUUUGAAUCCGGUGCGUCGUCAUAAAUAACUGCGAAAUAUUUAACAAGAUGUCUCGCUGGUUUUACGGGUUUUUUACGAUAUUUAUCUUCGUUUCGACCGAUGUGACCUGUAUCAAGAAUGUCGAAAGCGAGGACCAGUGCAUCGACUAUUACAAAACUGGUGAGAACUUCGAUUUAAACCUGUUAGCUGGUGACUGGUACGCGGUGUAUUACUGGCCACCGAUUCAAAGAAGAAGAAGUAGUUGUGAAGUGAUCAAGUUUCAAAAGGCGAACCAAUCCGAAAUAGAGCCCGGUUGUGAAAAUAAUUUACCAAAAAAAGACGUGAUUUUGAAGUCGACUUAUAAGAAUAAUUCCGGCAAACAAACGAACGUAUAUUAUUACGGCGAAGAGGAAGUUAAACAUCAAAUUCGUUCUUGCAAUCUUCUAUCGAAAUACAUAUUUAUUAAGUUGGAUGAUGAAUACGUGAUGGGUAUUAACUGUUCGUCCGGAGGCAGAGGGAUCCUCCUCACAAAAAAUCAACCCACAGAUGAGGAAGUACAGGACGUCGUAGAAGAUAUAGACAUUAUGAGAGGCCGUCAAGGAAGUCCUGACUGCCCCCUCGCUCGUUAAACUAAUCUUAGUGAUAAUACUACUGUAAAAAACAUUAAAUAGGCUAAAUAUAAACUAGCAUAUAUACGAUAUGCAGUAAGCUCUCUAAUAUGAUGUAUAAAAUAUCUACUUUAAAUGCAUGUUUCAUUUUAUCACCUCUUCAUUUAAA